CCCGGUUCCACCACCGGAGAGAGAGGCCUACCGCUGCUUUUAGAGCUUCGAGAGAGGGAGAAAAUCGAUUCAUUGCCUCUGUCGUAGCUUCGAAAGGCAUCUCACAGCACGAGAGUAGUUUGUCCGAGUGCUCAACCAUGUCGCUCAUGUGAUUUCGUUUCGAGCAUAGCGGAUUCGCAACUACCCUAGAGCACCUCACCCCACCAGCUCAACUCUCCCGGCGGAGGAGACAGCAAUGGCAGCAACAACGCACACCGGCGUCGGCCCGCUCACGCCCUUCGAAGUCUCGUUCCUUGCCGAAAAUGACAUGAUCACCAUUGUCCCACGGCAGCGGCUGGAAAGCCUCGACCUGAUCUCCGGCCACAUCCCCGCCUUCCGCCCUCCACAGCGCGCAACGAUCCCACUCUGGCUCGCCCUCGUGCUCAAGAAGCAAAAGCGCUGCAACAUCGUGCCGCCCACGUGGCUAACCGCGCACAACCUCGACGCGCUGCUGACAUGGGAGACGGAGCACCCGCAGGCGUUCAGCUCGUCAUUGCCGUACCGAUGGCUCGAGACGAGCGAGAUCCUAUUGUCGGCGGCCGCGGACGACAUCCCGGACGGCGAGGGGGAUCUCCGCGUGCUGCUGCGUGGCCUCAGAGAGGUCCGCCAGACCAAGGCUCGCAUGGGUCUCAAGCAGCUCGAGAGCACCUACCUGCAGAUGAACGGCCUGGGGCUGCUGGAGAUCACGGAGCUAAGGGGGUUCGCGGGAAUGGUCACGGAUGGCCUCAGGAGGCUGGGCGCUACGAGGGAGGAGGGGAGGCGCGCCGAGGAGGAGGAGGAUGAUGGGGACGAGGAGGAUGAGAGUCAGACUACGAGCAGGUAUGGGGCUAGUACAGUGGGGAGGAGUAUGGCGAAUACUAGUACCGUGGGCAGGAGUAGCUUGGCCGUCAGAGGGAGUACAAACACUGGGAGGAGCAGUGUGGACACGUUUGACAAUGAUGAGGAUGAUUUUUAAUGAACUUACUGCACCGGUGCUGAC